AUGAAUAACAAUACAAAUAAUAAUGUUAGUCGAAGUAAAGAAAUUGAAGAAAAAAUAACUUCACUUAAUGAAAGUUUUCAUGCAACAACUGAUUCAGUCAAUAGACUUCAACAAACUUGUGCAAAUUUAUUAUUGGAUAAUACAAAACAUUAUCAAUUAGAUGUAUUAAAUCGUCUUGAUGGUAUUGAUAAAAGACUUGAAAAUUUCAAUAAUGAUAGUAUAUAA